CCUAAUGUAGUACAGAAGGGAAAUGCAUGUGGUAUGUUAAUGGGAAACUACUUCAGAUAGAAUUAGGAACACUUGCCUUGGUUCAUCGUCUAGGAGAUUUCAAACUGUUUUCGUAUCACAAUAGUUUGCUGGUUUCAAGGACGAUUUAGAAAAUAAAACCAAUGAAGGAAAGAAGACAAAGCCAGAAACUAUUUAAUACAUCCGGGAUGGAUCCUAACCAGAGUGUAAAGUGUAAAAUAGUAGUGGUGGGAGAUAGCCAGUGUGGAAAAACUGCUUUACUUCACGUGUUUGCUAAGGACUGCUUUCCUGAGAACUACGUCCCUACAGUGUUUGAGAAUUACACAGCCAGUUUUGAAAUCGACACUCAGAGAAUCGAACUGAGUCUCUGGGACACUUCAGGGUCUCCUUACUAUGACAACGUGCGGCCUCUCUCCUACCCAGACUCUGAUGCUGUUCUCAUUUGCUUUGAUAUAAGCAGGCCCGAAACCCUUGACAGUGUCUUAAAGAAGUGGAAAGGUGAGAUCCAAGAGUUUUGUCCUAAUACAAAAAUGUUACUAGUGGGAUGCAAGUCUGAUCUCCGCACCGCUCUCAGCACGCUAGUAGAGCUGUCCAAUCACAGACAAACGCCAGUAUCGUACGAUCAGGGUUCCAACAUGGCCAAGCAGAUUGGAGCACCAUACAUAGAGUGUUCAUCUUUGCAGUCGGAGAACAGCGUAAGGGACAUUUUUCAUGUGGCCACCCUAGCAUGUGUAAACAAAACGAACAAAAAUGUCAAACGCAACAAGUCAACAAGGGCAACCAAGAGAAUUUCACACAUGCCUAGCAGACCAGAUCUUUCCGCAGUCACCUCAGAAUUGAGGAAGGACAAAGCAAAGAGCUGCACAGUAAUGUGAGGCAUCUGAACUGGAGGGACGGAAUGCCAAUACUUUUAUGGACAAGAAAGGCGGCUGGUGAAGAUUCAAUGAGGUGCACUGCCCCACAGAUGUGAAACAAGGGCUCUGUCAGCACUUUAAAAAAUAUUCUUCACCCUCGGUUUUUAUAUGCUUAACAACCAGAGCAGAGAACUGGAAUUAAGGGUGUAAUUGAAGCAAAAAAAAAGCAUCUUCACGGUUUCUGAAAAAAAAGCCAAAUACAAAAAAAACCUUAAAAGGCCUCAAAACUAAAUAUAAAGUUGUAUGAACUCUAAAAAGUAGUCAUUUAUAAUCCACUCCAAAUAUAUCUGCAUUUUACUUGAGCAGUCAUAUCUGACCCAAUUUCCUCCAUCAACAGGAAAUGACCUCAUUCUUUUCUAGCUUCUGGAGGUGACAUCUUGACCGUUUGGGAGUUUAGCAGGAAAAUGUCAGUACUGCCAAUUUCUUCAGGAAGAGGUGUGGAUUGAUGUUCUCUAAGCAGCAUAGCUUCCUGAAGAAAAUGUGAAAAGCACGACCUUUUGAGGUUGCUUCAUCUCUCUCCUAAUCGGAUGAUUCCUCACCGAUCUAAAAACAUACCGUAGGCUGCUGUGCUCUUCAACAAAAUGGAUUUCAUGUGCAGGUUCCACGUCCCAAUGGUGCAGGACGCAGGGCAACAGAUGCCAAAUGGCAGAACAACACUGUGGUUUAAUCCAGUUUAAAACUGAUUUUAUUUCCCCCUUCAUUUUGUAACCAACUUCUCAUAGGGAAAUAGUUGGCUUUAUUUGUUCUGUAUGGAAAUUAAUUUUGCACCAUCACAAAAUGUCUGAAAGUACAUCCAAUUUACUAGACAAAAAAAUAAAUAAAUCUGGUUUCAUAUCGUACUGUGCUCUAACCAUAACCUGAAACAUAACCAAUAACAUCAUUUUUUUUUGUUGUAUUUUUUAAAUGUUUUAAAUCCGUACCCAGGGUACAGGGUAGUACCGUGGGUGCAUAUCUGCAGACAUACCCAAUCCCAUUGCUCAAGUCAAUCAGCAUUGCUGUCAUUUGCCUAUAUACAAAUGGGUGAUCAUUCCUAGUACAGCAGUACUAGACAGCAAGAAGUUGCCCAACUGUAGUCAAUACAUUUUCUAAAAAUGUUUUAAUGUAUGGCAUUAUAACUAUUUAUCUGAAUUCCUUCAUAAACUUCACAAGGACUAAAGCAUCCUUUGCACCUGUAGGCCUGGCAUUUUAUUUCUUAUAUAAUGGUUUCCUCGGCUAUGCAACAGUAGCAUAUCUGUAUGGCUCAGUAAUUUGACAAAACAAAUAUAUCAUUUCAGUCUUUAACUCCAUUGGUUGAAGGGCACAGCAGCCUAUGGCACGUUUUAAAAGCCAGUUGAAAAGAAAACAGGCUGAUAUUAAUAAUAUAUCACUACGUAAUUUAUGGAGGGUUUUAUUUAGGAUUAUCUGAAUAGGAAGCAUAGACCAGGUACUGAAUACAAAACAACCCCACAAUAUUCAACAUGUAACAAUUAUCAUAGUUGCACUUUGUUUUGUUUUGCAAGAAGAUAAUAACAAUAUCGUUCCUGUAUUUAAUACUCCACAUGACUGGAGGAUGUUUAAUUAUAAACUAUGCUUUCAGAUUGGUGCAUCAGUAUCCUUAAGGGCAGUAUUAUAAACUAGCUGGCAAGUGCUUUCUGUAUUUAAAUGUAAAGAAAAAAAAUUAAGUUAUAAAAAAAAAGAAAAAAAAAAGAUUUAACCAUUGAGCAUCAUCACUUUUUUGAAUGUUGAAGUCCAUUUGUAAGUCUGUUUUUGUUGGUGUUUCCGCAGUAUUUAUUGAAGUAUAAUAUUUUUUCCCUUGAAGUAAAUAAAUACAAAAAAAUGUUA